GAUAGCGCAAGUGCCCGGAUGUUAGCUGUCCAGAGAAAGACGAACGGGAAAGACUCGGGAGAGGCGGAGAGGAGGCGCGUACAAACCGGUAGAGGGACAGCUAGUCUUAAACCUACGCUAAACCUACAGAGUCCGGUCACUUUUAUUUUUGAAGAAGACAGAGGAAGCUUUUUUUUGGUACCGAAGAGGAAGGGGAGGGGUCGGCUAACUUUGAUUAACCUGGACUGAUUUUGCUCAACAGGACACCCGCCUCUGAUUCCCCGGUUUUGACCUGGACUCUGCUGAGGCGCUUGGGCUCCAAUCUGAAGGAGCUUCCGCGCUUGCCCCUGUUCUUUUCCCAGUCCCCACCUGCUCCAUCCACCAUGACUUCGGAGCUGGAGAGCAGUUUAACCUCGAUGGACUGGCUGCCUCAACUGACCAUGAGGGCAGCCAUCCAAAAGGCUGAUGCUCAGAGCGGCCAUGGUCAAGGCAUGGCUAAAAAGAGCGCCCUGCUAGACCCCAACACUACGCUGGACCAGGAGGAGGUACAGCAGCACAAAGAUGGAAAGCCACCAUACAGCUAUGCCAGCCUCAUCACAUUUGCCAUCAACAGCUCGCCAAAGAAGAAAAUGACCCUGAGUGAAAUCUACCAGUGGAUCUGUGACAAUUUCCCCUACUACAGGGAGGCAGGCAGUGGCUGGAAGAAUUCUAUUCGGCACAAUCUUUCAUUGAACAAGUGUUUUCUAAAAGUGCCUCGGUCCAAAGAUGACCCAGGAAAGGGUUCGUACUGGGCGAUCGAUACAAAUCCAAAGGAGGACACAUUGCCAACUCGGCCCAAGAAGAGGCCACGAUCUGGAGAACGGGCUUCCACACCCUACAGUCUGGACUCUGAUUCCCUGGGAAUGGACUGCAUCAUCUCUGGAAGUGCCUCUCCAACAUUGGCAAUCAACACUGUGACUAACAAGGUGGCAUUAUACAACCCAGACCAAGAUGGGAGUGAUAGCCCUAGAAGCAGCCUUAACAACAGCCUGUCUGACCAGAGCCUUGCCUCAGUCAAUCUGAACAGUGUAGGGAGUGUACACAGCUACACCCCGGUGACAAGUCACCCAGAACCGGUGUCCCAAUCUAUGAGCCUGCAGCAGGCCCCCCAACCCCAGUACAGCAUCCCUGAGCGAGAUAAGCAGCUCCUCUUCUCUGACUUUGAAGAUCUCAGUGCCUCGUUUCGCAGCCUUUAUAAGUCUGUAUUUGAGCAGUCUUUCAGCCAACAGGGACUGAUGGGGAUCCCAUCAGAGUCUUCCCAGCAGAGCCACACUUCUUGCUCCUACCAGCACUCGCCAAGCAAUGCCAUCAGCACCCACCCACACACCAGUCAAAACAGCAUCACCAACUCUCACCCCAGCAGCAUCUCCAACAGCGGUGCACAGGUGCCCCUGUCGCACCCGUCUCACACUGCCCACAGCUCUCCCCACACACAGCAUCUCUCUCAGCAUGGUCCGCACUCCCAUGCCCAACAUGGCCAGCACCCGCACUCAGCACACACCCAGCACCAGGCUCACUCCCAACACACCCAGCACUCCCAACACACCCAGCACUCCCAACACACUCAACACUCCCAGCACUCACAGCAGCCCCAACAGCACCAGAAUCUCUCUCACCAGCCUCAUCCAGCCCAGCAACAGAUGCCCUGCAGCACUGGUCUGCCGAGUGACUGGUAUCCAAAUCUGGAUGCGUUGAAGGAAAGUUGCCGCAUUGCCAGCAGCUACAACUGGGCAGAUGUGGACCUCUCACCCUUUCAAGGUUUGAGAGAGAGCAUGAGGCAGGCCGAACUGAAUAACUGGUCUCUGGAGCCGACUCAGAUUGUGGAUCUUUGUUCCUCUAUCAACCAAUUCUUUGCCCGAACUGGAGUCAUUCAGCCACAAGGUGCAGUGCAGCCACCCGUUUGCCAUGGCACUAUGCAUCCCUCCAAGCCCAGUCAGCACAUCAAUACAGGAAAUAUGUACAUGGAUUCAAGACAGAGUAUGACUGCAAUGAUGGCUCCUCCAGGUUAUCCCCACAUGCCCCCCAUGAACAGCACAGCCAAUGCCAUGACAGGCCAUCAUGCACAGAUGAACCAGCAGCACAUGAUGCCUACUGGAAACUUUCCAAUGCGCCGCAUGCCUGCUGAUGACAUCCAGGAUGACUUUGACUGGGACUCCAUUGUUUAGCCCUGUCCCUAUAUAAAAAAAGGUGGUGCAGGCAACAUAAGAGAGUCGCUUGGAAGAAGAGUGUGUAUGUGUGCGAGAGAGAGAGAGAGAGGGCUAGUCCCAAGAUGUCUGCAUGCCCCAAAGCGGGAAGCAGUUUGGAACAGGGCGCUUCAAAAAGUGCAAGUGUCGUUAAUGUGAGCAGAAAGAGACUCUUGUUCUGGUGUUUUAAGAAAUGAAAACAAAAACAAACAAAACAUUACUUUGAAGACAAUCACGUUUACUAGGAAAUGUUCAAGUGAUUGAUUUUGUACUUGUCCAAAGGACAAAGCUCAUGUUCAUGUUAAAUGUAAAGCCCUCUUUUCCAUCCAUUUCUCUAUGGCGCCUGAAACUCUAUUCAGUCUCCUAACUCCCUUCUGCAAGUAAGUUGUUAGGCCAAGCUCUUAUUCCUGUCCUUAAUAUUAUUUGUGUGAGACUUUUUUUUAUUUUUAUUUUAUUUUUAUUAUCAUUAUUAUUAUUUUGUGUGAAAUGUUUGGUUUAUUUUUCUUCCUCCCAUCUCCUGGUGCAGGCUAAGCUACUUUUUGGCUCUCUUUCAUGAUUCUAUUUCCCCUCUAAAAAUGCAGGCCACUUUUCAGACAGGAAUAGUUCUUGGGUCAUUCUGUCUGCACAGUGCCACAGGUUCUCUAGGUCUUUAUUAACUUAGGUGCUCCACAUAUCACCUGAACCUUUACUGUACCUUAUACAAACAAUGCCAAGCAUCCAAAUCUCUGAGUUAGCAAAUGAUUAUCCAUUGUCUUUUUAAUGAUUGGUGUGCUUCAUAAGAUGUAUGUAAAGUCCAUUACCUGCAGUAUUUGUACUUUGUAUCUUUGCUGUCUGUGAUGUAUCAUUCUCCGAUCACUGAUACUUUUUUAACAGUGUGAAAUGGUGCAUCUGGAACUGACACUGAUUCAGACCUCACUUUUUAUUAAUCUCAUGUUCAUUUCUGUUCUACCAUCACUUUCAUAUCCUGCAUGUACAGUUGGUUUUAUUUAAUAGAUUCUUGCCAUUACUUGUCGAGAAAAAAAAUUGCAUGGAUAAUUUAAAAAGGUAGCAAAUAAUGUGGAGAUGGCCUGUUGCAUAGCUCAGCAAAACAAAGGCAUGGAUCUUAUGUCACCACAUUUUAAUGAAGCAUGCUAUUUUUCUGUUUUAUACCCUUUAACAUUAAUCUACUUGCUGUUUUGCUGAACCAUCAAGGACUCACGUAAGACAGUACUAGUAUUUGGUGUAGAAACAAGAAUAUUGGAGAAAUGCUUUAAUAUAGAGAGAGGAAAAAUUCAGAACAGUUUAAAAAAAUAAAAUAAAAAAUAAAAACCUCCAA